AUGAAACGUAGUGAAGCUAUAUUAACAUUAUCAAUAUAUUCAUUAAAAGAUGUACCAUCAACAAUAACAUUUUUUCUUUCAAAUCCUUUACCAUCAUUUCGUUUAAAUGAUGUUCUUGCUGCCUUACGUGUUUUACUUUAUUCAGAUAAAUCAAAUGCAUUAACUGAUUUAAUUAUGUCUGUUGCUGAUUGUGCUGAUCAAGCAAGUGUUAGUCUAUUAAAAAAAGUUCAUUCAUUAUGUCGUUUAUUAUUAUCAUAUCAUAAUAGUGGUCUUGGUAAUGGUUUACGACAAGCACCAUAUAUGUUAUUUUUAGCUGAUGUUUUUGCACAAAUGAUAUCAAUUGAUUUAAUUAAAAAAUUAUAUGAUUAUGUACAAACUGAUCAACAAAUACAAUUAACACCAAUUGAAAAAUCAAUACUUUAUUGGUGUGAACAAUUAUUACAAUAUUCAACACAACAAUUACAAGCAUCAGCUAAUGUAACAAAUCCUAAUGGUAAUACAAAUAUAAAUUUAACAGCACAAUUUAGUUCAUUACUUGCUAUGGCUAAUCCAAAUAUGACAACAACACCAAUAACAAUAUCAAAUGGACCAAUAACACAAACACAAAUAAAUAGUCAAUAUUUAUCAACAUGUGAUCAAAAAUAUCUUCAUUGUCAAUUAUGUGGACAAACAUUACAUAUACGAACAUUUUUUGAUAUAACUUGUUCAAAUGGACAUGAUUUUCAACGUUGUAAUAAAACAUUUCUACCUAUAUUUAUACAAGAUCGUGCUAAACGUUGUUCAUUAUGUAAUUUUUAUAUAAAUGAUACAACUAUAGAUGAAUCAAUACAAUUACCAACAUUAAUUAAAAUACUCGGAGGAUUUACUUGCACAUUUUGUGGUUGA